CUAACAUCUACCUUCAGUUAUAUUACAGACACUUUUCAAUCAGUAUUCAACUGUAUUUUUUUUCUUUCUAAUUUAUUUUUUUUUUAUUUAUAUUUGAGGAAUGACAGAAGCUAAAGCCAAAAUCCAAGAAGCGUUUAACGUUUUAUCGCAGGAGACAAAAGAAUUAUAUUUGCAAAGAGAAAUUGCAGAAAUAAAUCACAUAAUUACACCGCUGAUUUUCUACCGAGAAUUUGUCUCGAAGAAUAUACCAUUAGUGAUACGAGGAGCAGUAAAAUAUUGGCCUGCUGUAAGCAAAUGGUCCAUACCAUAUCUUCGUGAGACAUUUGGCGACGAGGAGAUUUCGGUCGCUGUAACACCAAAUGGCUAUGCAGACGCGAUAGUCAAGGCAGACAACGCGGUGGAAGAAUUUUUCGUGAUGCCCGAGGAACGCAAUCUGACGAUGUCAAAGUUUCUCGAUGGAUUAGAGUAUCCACGGGAGGACAGUAUAUUUUACAUACAGAAACAGAAUUCAAAUUUUAUAAGCAGCUUUCGCAAAUUGUGGUCGGACGCGGAAAUCGAGAUAUUGUGGGCUAACGAAGCGUUUGGAAAGCAACCAGAUGCCGUAAACUUCUGGAUGGGAGAUGAAAGAGCUGUGACUUCCAUGCACAAAGAUCCUUAUGAAAAUAUAUAUUGUGUCGUGACUGGUAAAAAAAACUUCAUUUUACAUCCUCCCACGGAUUUGCCAUGGAUUCCGUAUAAAAAUUAUCCAUCUGCUGUUUAUAAAGAACAUGAACCUGGAAAAUGGACGAUCGAAUCGACAGUCAACGAAACACUUGAACAAGUCGCAAAUUUGUCCACAUUGACACCAUGGAUAUGUAUAGAUCCCUUAAAGCCAGAUUAUGAAAAAUAUCCAAAGUAUGGUAAUGCACAUACUCUAAGAGUCACACUGAAUGCAGGAGACGCGCUGUAUUUACCCUCUCUAUGGUUUCAUCAUGUAACGCAGUCCCACGCCUGCAUAUCCAUCAAUUAUUGGUAUGACAUGGAAUUCGAUAUUAAAUAUGCAUACUUUAAAACACUUGAAAUAUUGUGCAAAUAAACGAAUAAGUAGUUUAAGGCACGCUUGAAACGUUUCUUGUAUAUAAAUGGUGUUAUUUUAUUUUAAAUUAGCAUUUUCAGUGUACGCAGAAAUAAAGAAAUUUGUAAUUAUAUAUGUGUAUACAUACAUAUAUACAUAUUAUGUAUGUAUUUACUUGUAUAUAUAUAUAUACUAUUGGCAUACAUAUUCCAUAAUGUCAAUCUAAUUAAGAAGUAAUCGUAUUUUUGAAACGCCUAUGUGUGUGUGUGUAUGUGUGUAUGUGUAUAUAUAUAUAUAUAUAUACACAU